AUGGCCCUCGAAUCAAGGCACUCGCAGCUUCAUUACGCCAGACGCCCUCCCUGGGCGGCGUCGGUAGCAGCAAGAUGGGCUGAGCGAGGGCGAGGAGCCACGAUGCCAGAACGAAAAGAACCAGAUCAUGAAGUCCAACGUGUGGCUUCGGUUGGUGAGUACUUUCUUUUUAGUAAAGCCCUUAACCGUGAGAAGGUCUGGAGCGACUACCAGCUACAGUGGGACGAAGCAGACUAUGGCGGUAUUGGAGUGCUUCGACUACCACCCGACAAAGUGUGGAAGCCGGACAUAGUGCUCUUCAAUAAUGCCGACGGGAAUUACGAGGUGCGAUACAAGUCGAACGUGCUGAUCUACCCGAACGGCGAAGUGCUGUGGGUGCCGCCCGCUAUUUAUCAGAGCUCGUGCACCAUCGACGUCACCUACUUCCCCUUCGAUCAGCAGACGUGCAUCAUGAAGUUCGGGUCGUGGACUUUCAACGGAGACCAAGUGUCCUUAGCGCUGUACAAUAACAAAAACUUUGUCGAUCUGUCCGACUACUGGAAGUCGGGCACGUGGGACAUCAUAGAGGUGCCGGCCUACCUCAACGUCUACGACGAUACGCCGCCCACCGAGACGGACAUCACGUUCUACAUCAUCAUCCGGCGCAAGACGCUGUUCUACACGGUGAACCUGAUCCUCCCCACCGUGUUAAUCUCCUUCCUGUGCGUGCUGGUGUUCUACCUGCCGGCCGAGGCGGGCGAGAAAGUAACGCUGGGGAUCAGCAUCCUGCUGUCGCUCGUCGUGUUCCUGUUGCUCGUGUCGAAGAUCCUCCCGCCCACGUCGCUCGUCCUGCCGCUCAUCGCCAAGUACUUGCUGUUCACUUUCAUCAUGAACACCGUGAGUAUCUUGGUGACGGUGAUCAUCAUCAACUGGAACUUCCGCGGCCCGCGCACGCACCGCAUGCCGCCGUGGAUCCGCGCCGUGUUCUUGCACUACUUGCCCAUCAUGCUGCUGAUGCGCCGGCCCAAGAAGACGCGCCUUCGCUGGAUGAUGGAGAUGCCCGGCAUGAGCGCGCCCCCGCACCCGUCCUACGGGUCGCCGGCCGAACUGCCCAAGCACCUGGCCGCGGGCGCCGCCACGCGCAGCAAGAUGGAGGUCAUGGAGCUCUCCGACCUGCACCACCCCAACUGCAAGAUAAGAGAAGACUGGAAAUAUGUAGCCAUGGUGAUUGAUCGGCUGCAGCUGUACAUCUUCUUUUUGGUGACAACAGCAGGUACUAUUGGUAUCUUGAUGGAUGCUCCUCACAUAUUUGAGUAUGUGGAUCAGGACCGCAUCAUUGAGAUUUAUCGUGGAAAGUGAACUCUAUUCACUGUGUUCAGUGCUGCUGAUAGUCCACAGGUGGAAGAUGAAACAAUCAGAGUUUUACACUCACAGCCAGUAUCAUCUUUAAUUGUUAGAAUGAGAAUAUUAUAAUAUGAAGGCAAAUACCAACGAUAGACAUAAUGACAACAAUUUAAACGUUGUUUUUCUUUGUUACUUAGUGUCAAUAUAAUAUGUUAUUGUGAACAGAUGCAGGAAUAGGCCUAAUGGAUUCUUUGGCCCUAGUUUUACCCAUCAACUUUUAUAACACAGAGUUGCAAAGUAUCUGUGUCUACUGUUGAGAGAAAAUGUGCUUACAGACCAUAACAUAGAAACAUUCACUUCAGUAUCAUGAGAGUGCUCAAGAUAAUACUAAGGAAAUCAAUGUGUACGAACAUUCCAUCAAAAAAUGAUGUUGACACAUCCAGAGUAAGUAAAAAUGCCUUCUCUUCCAGACUUAUGAAAAUGUAUGGCAAACACAGCUGGCUGCUCUUCUCACUAGAAGCAAGAACUGGUAUGACUCGAAGUGUGUGUAGAAGGCCAAGCAAAAUUACAUUAUUUUCAUUUGGUAUCAUUGUGAGUGCACGUUUUAGAAGUACAUAGAUAACACUGUGGUAGAUGCCGUAGUUGCUUUGUAUUCACCAAGUUGUCCUAAUGAAAACAAAACACCUAUGAAAUGUAACUCGCAGGUACAAAGCUAGACAGGAAAUCAAAAUGUUACGAACACGUAAACACACCUGAUUCGUGCUCAGUUAAAAAUGAAGAUCAGAAAAUUAUCCUAUGGACUUGUAAAAAUUUUUUGUAGUCUACAUACAAUAUGUAUGUAUAAAAUUAUUUCAUGGAGACUAUUUUUCGUCGGUGAUUUUUGUUUUUUCCUCAGAAUUAUUUUUGUUGAAAAGAUUUGAUUUUUGCUAUUAUCCAUCCUUGUUCUUGAGAAUUACUUUUCUAAGAAUUUAAUGAAAAAAAUGAAUGAUCACCUUAAAAUGUCAAAUACCUGCCUCAUGUGAGACGAAAUCUACUCUUAGUAUACAGGUCAAUGUAGGCUCACUUGGUAGGGCAAAUCUAAUUGCCCUAAUGUUGCAUCAUUGAUGUAUAUGUAAAGUAUGUCAGAUAAAUGUUAAAAUUACAUCAAGGUGCAAAGCAUGAGCUUUAUACAUGAAACUGUGAUUCAUAAUCAUACAGGUAUGCGUUUGUUAACAGGAUUGUAAGUGUAGAUGAAAUUAUUUAUUGCAGUAUUACAUUUCAAAUAAAAAUAUUGUUUGUUAUGACAUUAAACAAUAAAUAGACAUUUUAAUAAGUAUGGAAUACAAAAGACAGGUCAAAUAACUGUAAAUUGUUUCCUCAGAUCCAAAAGUAUAACUGCAAUAAAAAAUACAGAAAUUUUUAACAUCUUACAAGCAUGCGUUUCAUCUUUAUAUUUCAAUAUAAAUAAGCUGUAACUGGUGACAUCAGUCAGGGUCAUACGAACAUUCAUGUCUUCCAAAGAGUAAAGACUAACCACACAUGAUGUUUGUCACACAGUAUAUGGCAUUUAUUCUCAAUAUCUUUUAAUCUCUCUUCUUUUCCUUUUCAUCAUCAAAAUACUUUCAACUGUGAAUUUGAUCAUAUUUGUCCAAUAUCUUUUUUGUAGCCAGAAUACCCUUACUAUUUUCUUACUGGCAAUUGGUCUGCGAUGUUGUGCUGUGUAUUUUGUGUUUCAUUUUAUUUUCUGUAUGGAAUUGUGGCUCAGGAAUUUAGUAACUAUAACUGUCACAAAAAUUCAAAGCUCAAUAUGCCAAAGUGGAAGUGAAGCAAUGAGGUUUUUGUACUAAAUUGAAAAUAUUUAUUCCAAUGACAUCUUCAUUUAACUUGGGAGCCUUGUAUAAGAAUUACAAGGCAUUUCUAUGUAUGUAUCAUUGGCUGUAUAUUUUCUUGCCGGUAGCCUAUAAGUAUAAAGUGAUAAAUUUAGCAAGAUCAAAAUGAUAACAUUUCUCAGAACUUUAAAUUGGUCAACAAUUUUUUAACAUUGACUAAGAAUUAUAUUGUGUAUAUGCAAAGAAUUUUAUUCUCUCUUUAAGUAUUGAAAUGGAAUUUAUGAACAAAUUCCAUUUCAAGAAUAAAAUCUUUUAUAUUACUUUCAUUGCUUCACUUCAUUCCAGUUCCUUGCUUGCAUUUCCUUCAACAUGCAUUAUUGAGCUUUCUUGUAGUUAAUUAAUAUUGCAGUACUGUCAAACGCAUUGUAGUGACAAUACUGGCAUCUGAAAAAUGAGUCGUCACUCUGUGAAUAGUAAAGAAUUUAGUACUUGUACAUGGAAUGAUAGUAGUUCUACUUGUACAAUAAUAUGCAAAAAAAACAAAAAAAACAUACUGUGUAACUCUUCAAGACAAUCAGCAAUUUCUUGGGGAUGGAAAAAAGUAUGAUAUAAUCAAACUAUUUCCAACCACAAAUAUCUGAUAAAGGGAAACAAAUCUAUAACUAUUAAAUUUAUAAAAAAUUAGCACAAAAUAAUAUUAAAAACUGCAUACAUGUAAGAAAAGAAAUAUGUCAGAGACAACCAGAAAACAUUUGUUUUUAAUAUUUUAUGAGCAUUACAAACAAAAACUUCAUCAUAAAUGUCUGUUGAACAUUUUUAUUAUUUGAAUUCUACUUUACAACACGAAUAAUUGUAACUUCACAUUUUUCAGUGACUUUCAUGUUGCGUUAGGACAUAUUUGUAAUUAACACUGAUUUUAGAAAAUGUUUGAUUGAAACAGAGUAACUCAAUGAUUCUCUUUUAAAUAACGUUAUGUUUCCUUUAGAAUUUUGCAAUUGUUGUCAGUGAACCUCUCUUUAAGUAAAUUUUAUGAAAUUUCCAGAGAUUGAUUGUUGAAGGAUUUCCAAUGCUCUUAUAAUUCCACCAUACACAAUUCAUCUGCCCUACAAAACCAUGCAUUAAUAAGAUCUAUUAAAUCCUUCAGUAUUAUUUAAUUUCUAUAAGGCAAUAUCAUUGUGCUCUUCUUUAUUGCAUAUAACAAUCUGGCAAAUUUCAAAACAUCAUUGUGUGGAAUAAACUAGUAAGUGCAAUAAAACCAUGACCCAAGAGACUGCAUAAAUGCUUCAAAAUGUUUAUUGACUUGUCAUAUCUCUUAGUGUUCGUGUCACACUGUGUAACACAACUUAUAAAGAGAAGCGUAAAUGCCCUAUGUAGGAGGUAUUGCAUUUUUGAGUGAUAAACAUUUUGACAAUGAUACAUUUUUGUCCGUGUUCCUGUACUGAUAAUAGAAAUUAUAAGUUAAUGAUCAAAACUACAGUAAUUUUCCUUAAUAUCAGAUUUUAAAAAUUUAAAAUGGAAUGUAGAAAGUGCAAAUUGUGGUACAAAUGUGCCAACAACAGUAAUGGUUUUUUCCUGUGUCAAAUUUCAAGAAAAUUAACAAUGGAGAGAUGAAAGAGAUCCAGCAAUACUUCAUUCAUUGCAUCAUACAUUUUGCCACAUCACACUUUUUUAAAUAAUGAGACAAAUGAUAAUUUCUGAGAAAAAAUAUACCCAGGGUUCAGCAGGGUUAAACAAUUUAUAAAUCCAAAUUUCAGAUAGUAAUAGAAGUUACCAAUCCUGAUAGGAAGAAAUGAUCAUUCUAUUACGUAUGUGUUUGAAGUCAAAAUGUACCUUUCUUUCAACAAUGAGCAUUCAAAAUGUUCAAUGGUAAUACUUUUUGAAUGCUUAUUAAAUACAUAAUGUCACCUCCUAAUAUUAAGAUUAAGUUUCCUUAUUUCAUCCUCAUGUAAACUGUGAACUAUGUAUCACACAUUGUUUUCAUUAAAUAUGUGCUUAGGUAAAAAUACUAAAUUAUAGUUAGUUUCAUAAUAAUACUGAUAAUUAAAAUGUGUAGAUUAGUUACCAUGCAAAAUCUGAGUAGUUUCUUAUCUGCGUAACAUAAUUAAUCAUGGAUAAAUUCAAUAUCUUUGAAUCCAUCAACACUAGGGUAGAAAAGCGUGGUGGUCAUGUAGGAAUGUGUGCAAUCCCAUUCAUGUAAUGUGAACAUCUAAAGACAAAAACCUACUAUAAUGUGCAUCAUAUAUAUACGUGAAUUCUCAUAUGCAGUCACACAAUAUGCUAAUAAUUAUUAUUUCUUAAGGUAACAAUCAAAUUUUAAUGAGACUUUCCAUCCAAAAAUAUGUAUUAUUUAUUUAAAGAAGAAGACAGCAGGAGUAUUUCAAUAUGAAACUUAAUAUUCAAUUAUAUUCUUUUAAUGAUAAAAAAAACUCAACACUUGUAUAAAACAAAUUAUUGUGUUACAUUUGAAGUUUUCUCACUACCUGGCCUCUACAUAAAUAAUUUUUAAAAAAUCAAUUUUAUAGAUAAUUUUAUAAACAAGACAUGAGAACAUAAAUUAAAUUCUGGUACUGGAGAAUCUUAAUAAAUUGUAUAUAUUUAAAUAUGGUUACUCAGAAACAUUCAACCAAUUAUUAUAAUGUUUAAAUUAAUGUAGUGCAACUGUCUCUGGUCCUUGGUUAUGUUUGUCAGUUUUAAAAGUAAAUAUUGAAAAACUCUUUAAUACUUAAUUUACCCCUUCAUUACCCACCAAUUUGACCUUAAAACCCACUGAGCCCCUUUAAAAUACAAUGUAAAUUUCACAGCUUACUUUUCCUUUCUCAUCCUACUUCCUUCAGGGACUUAAUUAGAAUAUUUUAUGUCUAUGAAUAAAAUUAUGAAUCACUGAAAUACAACUUGGAAACCUAUAAACUAAAAUUAACCCAAAAAAUAAACUAUUAUGACCUGUAAUUCAUCUAAUUAAAUACACAUGAGGAUAUUUCUCAAUGCAACUAGGGUGUGGAAACUUCAAUGACACUUUCAACAUUAAUUGCUGUCAUGGAGUCUGUAUUAAUGACAGAAUUUGUCCCUUGAAAAUAGUUAAUCAUUACAAGAAGAUAUGAGACUCCCCAUAUGUUCAUAUCAAAAAAUAAAUAAAUUAAAAAAUCAAAAGUAAAGGUGCACAUUUUGUUAUAAUUUCAUUUACAAAAUGUUAAGGCUCCUUAGUCAGUUAUAGUAGUUGCAUAUUAAUGAAUUUUAGUAUUGCAAUAUACAUUUCAAAAUCCAUGUUCCUCUUCAGGAAAUUUGAAAAUUAGGAAACAAACAGAUCUGAUGUGUAUUGAUAAUCAAAUUUACCUAAUUGCCAUUUAGAUUAUUUUCUCAACAAACCAAUAUUUAGGUUGUGUCAGAUCACCACGCAAGUAAAGUUAAUACCAGAAUAAGAAAAUACUAGUAUUAAACCAUUUUUUUUUUUUUAAAUUGAAAGGUAAUUGAUGGUUUUCAGGCACAACCAGAGGUAAAAUGGAAAUAAAAUGUAGUAUAUCAAAUUUCAUCCUAAUAGAUCUCCUUCCUGGUCAAAAAAUUUAUAACAAUUGUGUUAAUUCCAUGUGUCAAUUUCAAAAAUCUCUCUUUAAAAGUAACAAGUUCAUCAUUGUCCACUAUUGCUGAAUUUACAGCUCUCCUAUUGAUGCUGGGGUACAACAUAGGAUUCAGUUAGUUACUACAGAGAAUAAAAAUCAACAUUCUUGUGUUGGGUAAGUCACAACCUGUGUUUUGCAACUUUCAAUGGUGACUUUCAUUUGAACUAAAUUUUUUUUAAAUUAUGAAACCAAUAAACUUUUGUGUAAUUGGGAUCUAAUUUUGGAUGUGGUUGCCUUCUUAGAAAAUUGGUACCCAUCAUAACUUACAAUAAUAUAAUGUACAUUAGCAUAGCAUGAGGGGAGACGAUACAAUCUACCCAUGAAGAUCAAUAAGUAGAAUGUACUAGAAAAAUUUCUUCUUCAAUUCUAAGUCAGGGCUGAAUUCAUCACUGUUAACCAAUUUAUUCCUCACUUUUCAACAUCAGUAUUUUAACAUAAAAUUCAUUUUAAUCAUUUCUGAGCUUAAUACACGAAUCCCUUAGAUCCUAAAAAUGACUAAAAUGUGUUAAGAUCCUAAUGUGGGCUUAAUUAGAAUUUAAAAAUUUUAAAUAAUGCAAAGUUGACUUGAGAAAACUCAUUUUUUAUGUGGGUUGAUCAGUAUUUUACAGUGGCCUGAACUGAACUUUCAACUUUGCUGUUUCUAUUGCUACUAAUUAGAUUAAUACAUAUGUCCUGCUAAAAAUUAGAAGGUAGUUUAAUUAGUAGAAGAAUCAUUUCUUCUACUAAGUGAAAUGAUGAACAUCAUUUAAGAUGUUUCAUGGAAGGAAGAAAGGACUGUAAGGGAUGUGACAAAGCUCUCAAAAAUUCAAAUUCAGGUUUUGCAAAGAUAUAGGUAUUUUGUAAAGACACAAAUGAAGUUGUUCUAGUAGAAGAAUUAUCUGAGAUAUUACCAUGGAGACCAAGCUGUGGCAUCUAAGGCAUCUAUGGAGUGUGCACCACUGACUUCAUGUAGCACUGAUUCAACCUUUUCUCAUUUCAAAUGUGCAUUGACAGACAAUAGGUUGUUCGUCAUAUAAGAUAUUUUGGGAUUGCACAUGAUUCUUCAUUGCAAUAGUUAAUGGUUAAUCUGUCAGUGG